AUGAGCCCAAAUAAUGAAAAUUCAACUGAUUUCAUCCUCCUGGGGCUGUUUCCUGGAUUCAGGCAUCCCUACCUUCUCAUCCUUAUUGUCCUUGUCUUCUACACCAUUGCUUUUGCUGGCAAUGCCCUCCUGAUUCUACUCAUCUGGCUGGACACUCACCUCCACACCCCAAUGUACUUUCUGCUCAGCCAGCUUUCCCUCAUUGACCUGGCAUAUAUCUCCAGUACUGUCCCUAAGACAAUAACCAACUAUUUCACUGGGAGGAAGAACAUUUCUUAUUUUGCCUGUGCAGUUCAAAUGUUUUCCUUUCUCACCCUUGGACUUGCUGAGUGUGUCCUGCUGACCCUCAUGGCCUAUGACCGCUAGUGUAACCCCUUGAGAUAUACAGUGCUCAUGAGCCCCAGAGUCUGCCUGCAGAUGGCUGCUGCAGCCUGGAUGGGAGGAGCUCUUGGAGCCCUUGUCCAUACCAUCUAUCCAAUGCAAUUCCCUAUCUGUGGCUCUAGAGAGAUUAAUCAUUACUUUUGUGAGAUGCCAGCCGUCUUGAGACUUUCUUGUGCAGACACAUCAACUUAUGAGUUGGUGGUAUUUAUAUCCACGAUUGUGUUUCUUCUAGUUCUAUUUAUUCUAAUUCUGUCAUCCUAUAGCCUCAUCUUCCUCACUGUCCUCAGGAUGAAGUCCCGCAAGGGAAAGAAAAAAGCCCUGGCCACCUGUUCUUCCCACCUGACUGUGGUGAGUCUCUACUUCGGCCAAGCCAUCUUCAUCUACAUGACUCCCAGCUCUUCCCACACACCUGAACAAGACCAGAUUGUUGCUGUGUUUGGCACCAUGGUGACCCCAAUGCUCAAUCCCCUCAUAUACAGUCUGAGGAACAAGGAAGUUGUGGGGGCUCUGAAGAAGGUGACAAGAAGGUUUUGUAGCUGUGAAACAGAGCACAUCUAA